CUUACACAGGAGCCAGCAUGAACCCCGCUCGUUCCUUCGGCCCAUCGGUGAUCGCAACUAAUUUUAAGGAUCAUUGGGUUUACUGGGUGGGACCCUUCCUGGGCGCCAUCAUCGCUGCACUCCUGUACGAGCACAUUUUCUGCCCAUCUUCCGGCAAACCGAGUCCAGGGCAGGUGAUUCCCAUGGAGCAAAUGGGGGCCUUCAAGGAUGAGAUGGGCUCCAUGCAGCCGGUCAAGAGGACAAUGUCGGGAGUGGACCAGUUAAAGACCAAGGAAUUUUGGAGGGCCGUAGGUGGCGAAUUUGUAGCCAUGCUCCUGUUUGUGUUCCUCGGCAUUGGCUCCACCAUCGAUUGGGCGUCAGCUCCAUCAAAGAGCAAUAGUACAGCGAGCCGUCCGACCCAGUCGGACCGCACGGACCUCAUUUCGCUGUGCUUUGGCUUGUCCAUUGCCAUGCUGGUUCGGUGCUUUGGCCACAUCAGCGGCGGACACAUCAACCCGGCCGUCACGUUGGCGAUGGUCGUGACCAAGAAAGUGACCAUCAUCAAGGGGGUGUUCUACCUGCUGGCCCAGUUAGUCGGUGCAGUCGCAGGUGCCGGGAUCGUGCGCCUCGUCUCGCCCCCCGACUUCCGGGAGAACCUGGGCGUCACCGGGUUGGGUAAAGAUGUCUCGGGAGGAAUGGGCCUACUGGUGGAGCUUCUCUUAACGUUCCAGCUGGUCUUCACCAUAUUUGCCUCAUGCGACCCCAAACGCACCGACCUGGUCGGAUCCGCUGCCCCGGCCAUCGGCCUGUCCGUAACGAUUGGUCACGAAUUUGGGAUUCCUUUCACAGGAGCCAGCAUGAACCCUGCUCGUUCCUUCGGCCCAUCGGUGAUCGCGACUAAUUUUAAGGAUCAUUGGGUUUACUGGGUGGGACCCUUCCUGGGCGCCAUCAUGGCCGCACUCGUGUACGAGCACAUCUUCUACCCAUCUUCCGACAAACCGAGUCCAGGGCGGGUGAUUCCCAAGGAGCAAAUAGGGGCCUUCAAGGAUGGGAUGGCCCGGGUCAUGCAGGCGGUCAGGAGGAAGAAGAGAACGGAGCGAAAAGACCCGCCGCCAACGAGAGUGUCCACUGUAUGACAAUCCAAUGCACCGGAGAGCAAACUUUAGGACAGAAUUUGGUUUCGGACAGUUUUUGGCUUUCAUCUCGAGACACUCUCGCCACCCCCACCUCCCCCUUUCACCUUAUACCUCCCAUGCCUUCAGAUAAUUCAUCCUUGAAUGCGUUUUCAGGGUUUGUGCACUGAACAAUUUCGAUGACAUCUAGCUUUGCUAUAGCAGCAGAGAGACAGUUUGCAAACCCUGAAAAAGCGCUGAAAAACAAAAAAUGUAAAAAAUGUAUAUGACAAUAGGCUGAGAAACCUUGAGUUAUUAAUGCUUGCAGUACAGAACGUCCCUCAAAUGAACGAGAUCGUGUAAUUUUGCUAAUCCAAUCAAUGACGCCAUUGACCGAUGUGAAAAUUAUGACAUACCGAUGACUGGCUUUGCAAAGAAUGCUGCUAACCAACAAUACAAAUUGAUGAGCUCAUCCAUUCCCUGCACGCAGUGUAAAUGUGACAACAUCAUCACUUAGCGGUCUCCUGUGUCAAAUAAAAACUGAGCUCAAGUGUUUCUCCAGCAGAGGGCAGCCAAGAGCUGUGCAACUUCCAUUGAUUCCUGAGACUGAAGUACUGAAACUUGGUGCAGCAAUACAAACAA